GUGGCGCUGAGCUCGGUGCAGCUCCUGCGCCUCUUCCUCCCCUUCCUUCCUUUAUCGCCUAUGGGAGGCUCGAGGGAGUGGGGUUGAGGCCCGAUGGUGACGGGGUGGCCGCCCUACCUCACCUCGGAGCGGUCAGGGCAGCCAUAAGGCUAUUUACAGGUAGCAAGAAGCAAAGACGGCGGCGCUGUUUGGUGGCGGUGAUGUGCUCGCAUCCUGCUUUGCUCAGCCCUGAUGAAAGCCAUGCAAAAGAAUUUAUUCCAGUAGCUUUCGGUGAUAUCGAGGCUUGGACAGACCUUUGACAGGAUGUUGGGAUUUCUGAAGAACCCAGUUGUGGUUACUGCGGAGAUAAAUCUCAACCUUGUGGUGCUGACUGUCAUGGGAUUAAUAAGCCGUCUAUGGGGGCUUUCCUAUCCGCGUGCUGUUGUUUUUGAUGAAGUUUAUUAUGGCCAAUUCGUUUCCCUCUACAUGAAGAGAAUCUUCUUUGUGGAUGACAGCGGCCCACCGCUGGGCCAUAUGCUGCUGGCUUUGGGAGGUUACUUAGGAGGAUUUGAUGGAAACUUCUUAUGGAACAGGAUUGGAGCUGAAUAUAGCAUCAACGUUCCUGUGUGGUCCUUGCGGUUCCUGCCAGCACUGGCUGGUGCUCUGUGCAUCCCCUUAGCGUACCAGAUUUUGGUAGAGCUGCAGUUCUCCCACUGUGCUGCGCUUGGAGCUGCUCUUCUAAUUCUUUUAGAGAACGCUCUGAUCACUCAGUCAAGGUUCAUGCUUCUGGAAUCCAUAUUGAUCGCUUUUAUCCUGCUUGCAGUUUUGUCCUACCUGAAGUUCUACAACCUGCAGAAGCACAGUUCCUUCUCCGGAAGGUGGUGGUUUUGGCUUCUGUUGACUGGAGUAGCUUGUUCUUGUGCUGUUGGAGUGAAAUACAUGGGCCUAUUUACCUAUAUGCUGCUCCUGGCCAUUGCAGGACUCCACUUCUGGCACAUGUUAGGAGACAGGAACCUCUCAAAUGUUUCCUUGGCGUGCCAUUUUCUUGCUAGGGGUCUGACCCUCCUUGUCAUCCCAGUGGCCAUGUACCUGUCCUUCUUCUAUGUUCACUUGACUUUGCUGUAUCGCUCUGGGCCUCAUGAUCAGAUUAUGACAAGUGCUUUCCAAGCCAGCUUAGAGGGUGGGCUGGCUCGAAUCACUCAGGGCCAGCCCUUAGAGGUGGCCUAUGGCUCUCAGAUUACUCUGCGGAACGUGCUGGGCAAGCCCAUGCAGUGUUGGCUCCAUUCUCACACGAAUACUUAUCCUAUCAGGUAUGAGAAUGGCCGAGGUAGUUCCCAUCAGCAACAGGUGACCUGUUAUCCCUUUAAGGAUGUGAACAACUGGUGGAUUGUCAAAGAUCCUGGAAUGCAGCAGCUGGUGGUGAGUAACCCACCCCGUCCUGUCAGGCAUGGGCACAUUGUGCAGCUGGUCCACGGCAUCACAACUCGGUACCUCAACACGCAUGAUGUUGCUGCCCCUCUUAGCCCCCAUUCCCAAGAAGUUUCCUGCUAUAUUGAUUAUAACAUUUCCAUGCCAGCGCAGAACCUCUGGAGAGUGGAAAUUGUGAAUCGUGAGUCUGACACGGAUGUGUGGAAGACCAUUCUGUCUGAAGUGAGGUUUGUUCACGUGAAUACCUCUGCAGUGCUAAAGCUCAGUGGAGCAUCUUUACCUGAGUGGGGAUAUCGGCAGCUGGAGGUGGUUGGAGAGAAGCUGUCCAAAGGCUACCACCAGAGCAUGGUGUGGAAUGUGGAAGAGCACAGAUAUGGGAAAAGCCAAGAGCAAAAAGAGAGGGAAGUUGAACUCCAUUCUCCCACACGGAUGGAUAUAAGUAAAAACCUCAGCUUCAUGGCAAAGUUCACAGAAUUGCAGUGGAAGAUACUCACAUUGAAAAAUGAAGACACAGAACAUAAGUACAGCUCCUCUGCUCUUGACUGGAUCACCAUGGACACAAAUAUCGCAUACUGGCUGCACCCAACCUCUGGUGCCCAGAUCCAUCUCCUUGGGAAUGUCUGUACCUGGGCUUCAGCUAACAUCGCUGCUGUGGUCUAUGUGUGUCUGUCCCUGUGGUACCUGAUACGACGAAGAAGAAAGAUUUAUGAUAUUCCUGAAGAUGCAUGGCAGCUGUGGGUAUCAGCUGGGCAGAUCUGUGUUGGAGGCUGGGUUGUCAAUUACCUGCCCUUCUUCCUGAUGGAGAAGACACUUUUCCUGUACCACUACUUGCCUGCCCUCACGUUCCAGAUUCUCCUGAUUCCCAUCGUAUUACAGCAUCUCAGCGAUCAUCUCUGCAGAUCUCUGCUAUCCAAGAGCAUGUUCAAUGCACUGAUUGUAGCCUGGUUCUCCUCAGUGUGCUUUGCCUAUCGCACGUUCAGCCCUGUGACCUACGGGGAGCCCCUGUCUGUUGCUGAGCUCAAGGAGCUGCGCUGGAAGGACAGCUGGAACAUCCUCAUCCGAAAGCAGUGACACUGACAGUUGUUGCAGAGCUACGGCACGAGUUGAAGGAAUCGUGGGGACAAGGAAGCUCUGAACUGCACACACUGCUUCAGGUUAAAAACACUGUGGGUAACUCAGCCUGACUUGCACCAGCAGGGAGAUUCUCAGGGUAGCAGAAGGUACAAGUUAAGGGCUGGGGCUUCUAACUGGGAUGUCUGAUAGCUGUACAUGCAGUCCCUAAAGGACACAGUAUUUCUGUCAGAGUUGACUUUAUUUAGUUGACACUUUAUUUAGUGUCUGCAGCAGGAGCUGACCGAGAAGCCCAGUUCUAAACAGGCCAGGGUGCUUUUUAUUGUAGCAUUCCUUUCUGCACUAACAAAUUCUAUUCCAGUCUGCCCUCUUCUCUGCAUGAAGAAGGUCUGGUCAAACACUGCGGUCACUCCAAGUAGGAUUUAGUCACUGUGUUGCUCCUCCUUAAAGCUGCACUGACUGCUAGUGCUUCAGUGCAGCAUCUCACACUCCAAGCCUGUCAGGCUGACUUAUGUAAUGUAAUGUUGAAGUGCUGGUUAGCAGAUAACAAACCUUUACUCAUGCCCACUGCUGACAGUGGUACAACAGGACACACAGAUUGCAGUUCUUGCUUUGUUUUUGAUCUCUAAAGCUCCGCCAUUACAGAACUAAAACUGAUUUAAACAAGGUGAGAAAGAACUGAUUGCGACAGCAUCUCAAGAAGUAUUUCUUUUCAUACGUUUGUAUUGUUGUAGCAGAAUUAACACAAGAACCUUUUAUAUAAAACAGCUGUUUUCUAUUCA